ACAUCGAGUAUCAAUGGAGAGGGAAGGAACGCUAUCGCCAGCGCAGCGUCAAGCGCCCACGCCAGUGCAAACGAGGCAUCCACGGAGGCAACCUCGGCUGUUAGCAGCAGGAUCCAAGCCCAAGUGAAUGGGUUGAAAUCAUACCUGUUUCAAUACUACUCCGUCGGCCUCUGGAGCUACUGUAAAGCCACGGAGGGCUUGGAGGUUGUUUGUUCUGAUCCGAGCACAUCUUUUGAUUUUGACUUCUCUGCUGUGCUUGACUCUACACCGAUAAAAGUCCGCGACGUACUUCCAGAGAUAGAUCGAACUGCCAUUUCUGGCUAUCGUCGAUUUUUUCGAAGCGUCAUCUGCUUGUACAUUUCCGGGUUUGUCACUACCACAUUGGCCAUGGUCUUGGGUGUUCGGAAGACAUUAUUCUCAAGAGGUCACAGGUUGCUUGCCAUCUUUUGCAUGCUUUCGUCGUUAUUGAUUACGACUGCCACAGUCGUGGUUACGGUGAUGUAUGGACUUUUCGCUACUGGAAUCAAGAACAGCUUGCAGUCUCUCGGUGUUCAGGUCAGCCUGGGGGCACAGAUGUUUGGGGCAGCGUGGUUGGCCGUGUCCUUUUCGAUUGGUGCGUUAAUAACGUGGCUGAUCCAGCUCUUCUGCUGUUGCAUCUAA